AUGAUUAAAAAAGAAGCAACUGAGGAAAACUUCAUAUAUUCGCCGUUUACUCAUCCUCCGUACGUGAUUGCCAAGUCAAGUGGCCGGUUCAUCGGCGUAGCAGCCGUCAACGGCACCUCGGAGCUCCGCUUGACGGGCUUCGCCAUCGAAUUGCUGGACAUUCUGGCCAGGGCACUUGGUUUCGACUACAAUGUCCGUGUCUCCGGGGAGGACUACGGCAGCCUCUCGCCCAACGGCACUUGGACGGGCCUGGUACGACAGGUCUACGAAAGGGAAGCAGACCUGGGGGUUGGGGAUAUCAGCAUCACCCGAGAACGACUCGAAUACGUAGACUUCACGGCGCCCUUCAUGCAGAACGGAAUCGGGAUCCUGUACCGUAAUGUGGACAGGCAGUUCGAAGAGAUCCCACACUUCCUGCGCCCAUGGACGUCGGAACUGUGGCUGUACGUCUUGACGGCGGUCCUGGCAACCUCGCUGCUCUUCUCCUUUCUUUCGAGGCUCAGCUCGGCUGAGUGGGUGUGCAAGAGGAGAGCGGGGCCGUCGUGCCGCAAGCUGGCCGGGAAGGGACAUCUCAAGAACAGGUUCACGUUGAUCAACAGCUUUUGGUUCGUAUUGGCAUCGCUACUGCAACAAGGAACGGACAUGUUCCCGAGGGCCCUUGCAACACGGAUAAUGGCAGCUGCCUGGUGGAUGUUUGCCUUCGUACUUAUAUCCUCCUACACAGCAAGUCUGGCCUCUCAGCUGAUCGCUCAGAGGCUGCACGUUCCAUCUAUACAAAGUAUCCAGGAGCUUGCAAAGCAGUCACGUAUCAGUUACGGCUGUGUCUUGAAGGGACCGAUCAAGGCUUUUCUCAGAGACUCAGCCGAUCCAUGUCUGCAACGCGUAUGGUCUGUCAUGGAGAUGUCAACCACAACUGUGUUUACGAACACUCUCGCCGAAGGUGUCGAUCGAGUGAAGAACGAGCCCGGUUACGCAUUCCUCACAGACUCUCAAACAGUCGACUACCUCGUGCACCACGACUGCUCAUUCGCUCAGUUACCCGGGUUCCUGGAAACGGGAGGCUUCGGUUUCGCCACACCACACGGUUCACCCAUCACGCAACUCCUCACCAACAAGAUCCUGCAACUUCAAGAAGACGGCACGCUUCGUGCGCUCCGGCACAGGUGGUGGUCCAGUCCCGUGUCCGUCAAGCGCUGCGCUAGCGGCGCCUCUUCGGAAGGGGCUAGCCAGAAGGAGGCCUUCUCGAUAGGGGCCUUGGUCGUUGCGCUCACUAUUGGCUGCCUGGUGUCCCUCAUCAUUGUCGUCCUUGAGUGCCUUUGGAAGAUCCGCUGUACUUCCAGGAAAGAAAGGGGCUUCUUCCUCUGGGAAAAAAUACGACGUGGGGUCACGAACAGCGAGUCACUCCAGGACUCUAAUCUUAUUGUGUUGGACCCUCCAAAAGAGUUCCAAGACGAUCAGGAAAACCUCCCAAUGACUUCGUACAAGGGCGAUUCGCUCGCCUAGUACCUACAAGUGAUUAGCACGUUUCACAGCGACAAGCGAUGGUCAAACUUGUUGUUCUUCCGUAUGAAAUAUUUCCGGUGCUCAUUUUAAGCAUUUAAGAUGAUUGGAAAACAAAAAGAGGAUGAUCAAGAAUAUUCGUGCGUUCAGUAACACGAUAUACCGGUAUUCUGGGAACGUGGAGAUUGUGAGCGACUUAUUUUUGUUAAACAUCUUAAUGUCUUUCCGGACGUUUAGAUUUUACCACCUACCUUCUUUUUAAUGUUAUUUUGUUGCUCUUAAGCUUUCAACAUUGAAGCUAACCUGUGUCAUUGUAAUUUUGUUUCGUAACUUGAAUAACGAAGAUUCCAUAGGGUUGAUCGUUCGUAAGUUAAGUACUUCAUUUUAAUAAGGAUGUCUUGUGCGAAAGAUGCACUCUCCUAGAGGAAGGCAAGUAAAUUAACGGUCACAAUAUGAUAAUGUCACAGGCGAUGCAUCGAAUUGUGGUUAGUGUAAGAAGUUACGAACACCUGCAAGAAAGCAUUGUCAGGUUUGGAGAAUGCGCUCUUAUAUAGCUGUCAGAACAAUAUAAGUGGGCAAUGCAUUCACGACUUCAAUUUUAACUUAUAAAUUAGCCUAACAAACGACCUUAUUUCAAAAACUUCAUAUUUAUAGGAGGUGUUUGUUUUGUGGCACCGCUAAAUAAUAGAGAUAUAAUGAGCACCCCUUUCCCAUGUGUGUGUGGGAGCCUAGAUUUAUUAUAAUAUACGCUAGAGGUUAAACUGGCGCCAGCACCUACGCGACUUUCGGGUGUUGCAUAUGAAGUGUGUAAAAACAAGUGGCGAUACUAAACAAAAUGACAACCGAAAGGAAUCUGGAAUGUAUUCAAGUUUCUCCAACACUCCGGUGACGCCUUUAUCUUCCUUAUAUUGCGGUCCUGUCACUAUAUGAAAACGACCUCAUCGUGCAUCUGUUCGAGCAUUUAAAAACAUUGCAAACGUAAAGAAUAAUGUACGUAGGCUAUGCGAGGUUUCUCUUUUUAUUAUUUCCGUGCCGGGCAGCUUUUAUCGGGUGCUUCAUUUCUUGCUUUUCUUCAUUUUCAAAGAUUUCGAGUGUGCAGGUGAUGUAUUGAACGGAGAACAAGUAAAUUUGCACAUAUGCAUGAUCAGAGAAAAUAAAACAGUACUUAUUUAUUACAAAUCUGAGUAUAAUUACUUGUCAUUAACUUUAUUUUGAUUGGCUUUAUGCAGAUGGAUUUACCUGACCCAGUGUUACUGCGUAGUUCUUGCUGUCGCUCUUGGAUUUCCAGAUGUCAUUCGAGUGUCUUCCAUGUUAAUUCUUCUUGCCGAAAAGCACCGACGCCUUGCUCGCGCUAACACUGUCUAUCAGUGCAGAGAAAUACAUGUAUGAAGCUCUUUUAACACUGAGUGUAAUGCCAAUCAUUCGAAAGAAAAACAUUGUAACUGACCAAUAUUUUUUUAUGUACGCGAUUCGGAAAUGUUCCAGGCUAUUUGCUACGUUCUAAUUUUCGUAAUAUUUGCUCUUAUCAUCAAACGCAGAAAAACAUUUACCCGAUUUCCUCCGUGAGAACGCAUUACCGGAAGUCGAUUUGGACUGGUUACUUUGUGCUUCCUUUCGCAACAGCACACUAGCGUCAGCGGAACCUCUAGCUUAAAUUAUAAUAACUCCAUCUGCGGGGCAAAGAAUCCGCUGGUGUCCUGCGCGUUUAAAUAUGUCGGUCUGCAUGAUAGUGAUGAUACUUUAAGUGUACGCAGGCAAGCUGGUGGUAGCUAGUCAUGUCAUUUAACACCUAAGAUUGCGGUUCAGAAGGUGGUUGACAAUGAUGGUAUUGAGGGUUGGACCGUUUUAUCAUCUGCAAAUGUGUAUGUUUUUUGCAUUUGAAGAUGCUUUCAACAAAGGAGAUCUCUGCGUAGAAGGCGUUUCAGAGCUGCUUUGUGACCAUAAACAGGACGCUUGAGAAUUAAACCAUUUAGCUGAGUUUUAGACUUUCCGUUUUGUGUCUGUUGCUUCAACUAAAAGUUGCCUUUCUUUUCUGCACCACCGUCUCAGGUGUUAAACGACAUUAUUUGGUCGACACGCGACUCAAGUUUGUGUCAUAGCCGCCACAAACCAUAUUCUUAACGGUGUGAUGAAGUCUUAAAUGUAAGAGUUAAAUACGAAAAUGUGGUCUCAAGUAAGCAUGUUCUCCAAGUCCACGCGUGACAACCUAUUUAGUACAACUUGAUAUUGAAAUGCACAUAUAAAAUGAGGAUAACCAAUAACAGCUCGGUGUGACGUGGUUUGUAGGGGCUUGCUGCACUGGCACCAAGAUUGCAUUUAUCUUCGUGGGUUAUGGUGCUUCGCAACGUUCUGCUGUGAAUUAGAGUUUCCCGUUUAAAACAGUUCAUUUGUGUAAAUAUAAUGUAAGUUGUAAGACAACGCAUUUAUUUGUUCAUUGCCUGCUACAUGUAACCUAUUUACAUAACGCCAAUAUUUUAUGCCUUCGCACUAAACAAAAUGUGCUGAUGAAUUAUACUGUUAUUAUAGCCACUACUAUUUGCGGUGGAACAUUUAAUUUUGUAUUUUUGGCUUAACCAAACACAGAGCUACAACCAAUGCAUAAGAAAAACAUAAACUCAUCUCUGCCAAUUAGUGCCUUGAAUAUUCUUAGGCAUCCCAAGAACUUUAAAUUAGCUUUGAUCGAAAGCUUUUCACGAAGACGCACAAUGCACAGCUCACUUCAACAUUUGACCCCCUUCUCACUGCCAUCAUAUUCUAGUACUUUAAUUGAUCUAGAAUUGUUUUUUUUUAAUAUAAUUAAGUCAGUGGUUAGCUCUUGAACGGUGUUUCACUGUCACAUUUUACAGUGCCUUCCAAAUGCUGUGGAAUUCUGAAUGUUUUUAAGAUGUGAAAUUA